AUUAUAAGACCGAGAGGUAUAUAUAUAUAUCUUGAGAUUUUUAAAAAAAUUAUAGAUCUGACAAUAGUUAACACGAAUAUGUUGUCUUUGAAAAUAGCAGUUGCUAUUUUGUCACUUGCGGGCGUUACUAUCGCACAGGAUUUAACUCCUAUACCUGGUGGCAAAAGUGGUGAUGGUGUAACUACAAGAUACUGGGACUGCUGCGCUCCAUCAUGCGCUUGGUACCCAAGAAUCCACACGCAAAACGGUGUUCCCAUCCAAACGUGUAAAGCCGAUGGUGUUACUCCAAGUGAUAAAGACUUAAACGCACAAUCUGGUUGCGAGGUUGGUGGAGUAGCAUACACCUGCACUAACCAAUCGCCCAAGAUCAUUAACGAGACUUUGGCUUACACUUUCGUAGCAGCCUCAUUCGCUGGUGGUCUUGACUACGCCGACUGCUGCAUAUGUCUGGUCAUGGACUUCAAAGGUAAGCUCGCCGGAAAACGUUUGUUGGCUCAGGUUACCAAUACAGGUGAAGCUCUUGGCCAAAACCAUUUCGAUAUCCAAAUGCCCGGAGGUGGAGUAGGCAUCUACAAUCUGGGAUGCAAGACUCAGUGGAACGCUCCAGAUGAUGGUUGGGGUGAGAGGUAUGGAGGAGUAACUGAUAUCAAGGGAUGCAAACAACUUCCGGAACAAUUACAAGAGGGAUGCAGAUUCAGAUUUACAUGGAUGAAGGGAGUUCCUAAUCCACCAGUUUCGUUCUACCAAAUCAAAUGCCCAGAAUAUUUUGUCGGAGUCAGUAAAUGUGGAGAUUUGUAAAAGAUUAAAUAAAUAGUAUAAAAAAUA